CUAAGUAACGAAUCUUUGGUGAUGUUAUAUUGUGGAUCAUUCCAGAAGCCAUCUGUUUGAGAAGGAGAACAAGGACUGCUGAGUGGCUUUUGCAGCUCUGUGGAAAUCUCACCUUAUCCAGAUUGUUGCUAUAGAUAGGCUAUGUUCCGGAUGUGGUCAGUCAGAAAUUCGGCGGGAGCGGGAUGAGAAAAGCGCAGGGAUUUUACUCCUUUUGAUUUUGUUUGAAGUGCUCAUCUAUCUAACUGCCUAACAGAACAAGCUCUUCAAGAAUGGCUGACAGUAAACUCUCCAGAAAAACCUUCCAGUACUCAAUGAAUGGGAAGAAACCAUGCACUAUAUCUGCUGACAGUUCUUCAGCUGUGCUCAGAGCUUUGUUGACCGACCAUGACUUCAAAAAGAUCUACGACCUAAAAGCCAAAGCUGGAAUGGAUGCACUUAUUCAAAGACAAAAGGCAAACAGUCCAGCUAUAAGUGUACAUUUUCCCUGUUGUCUACUUGAAGAUGGUGAAGAACUUGAAAUAGACUUCAUGAAAUGUGGAAAAUCUACACAAACUGGUCCAAAUACUGAACAGGAUGACCAACAUUUUCACUCAAGAAAACCUGAAGACCUGGUCGUCUUUCUUGUUAACACAACAGGCAGAAAAGGCAUAAAAAAUGUUAUAAUGAAAAACAACAACAUCAGGCAGAAGGAAGUGCAUUAUGUGUGUGUUGUUGCAGUCAAAGGGGAAACUGUCAAGCAAGCUCUGCGUAGAGAUGGACGUUUUGCGAAAAACGUAUUUAUUAUGGACUUCGCUCUUGAAGAUGACGAGAAGACCAUCACAAAGAUGAAGAACUCUGUAGAUGAACUGAAAAAACAUAAACUGUACAGCAUUGUUCGUAACAGCCCUGAGCCUGUGCCCGAUAGUCUUGAAAUGCUGGAUGACUUCAAUGAUUAUCAAUCUGAAUCAAAUUCAAAAGAGGGUAUGGCUGAUUCACAGCCACAUUCAAGAACCUCAGAUGGUCAGUCCUCAGGAAAGGCCUCUGGCAAAAAUGAGAUAAACACCACUUCAAAAUCAAAGUGUACAAACAAGGUGGAAAUUCUGGGGAAAAUACCAAACACUGGGGAGAUUUUAAAGAUCCUACGUGAUCAGUUUGGCAGUUUGGUACAGCAGCUUAAAGCUCGUGAGGGUUUUAAGAGUACUGAGCAAGUGCGAGAAUUCCUCAGAGAGGAAUUUUCAAAGGAAACACAGGGUUUCUCUGAGAUAAAAACUUUAAAAAAUCUCAUGGAACGAAGUGCCUCCGUCUGCCAGGUCCGGCACAAUGAUCAAGCAAGAGGAACUGGGUUUCUACUCUUUGGGAGAUUUAUUCUCACUAAUGCACACGUCAUCACGGAUCAAAACAAAGAAAACCUGUUAGACAAUCUAAGUGUCUCAUUCAAUUUUGAGGAUUUAAGCCCAGAAAACACAACGCCUUUGAAGAGAAAGCCUACAGCAUAUGGAUUUGUGUCUACUCAACAACAUAGUGUGGACUUUGCUCUGUUGGAGCUAAAGAAGUCUCCCGAAGCAUUGCCUCCAUCACUUCUUCAACACUACAGCGCUCCACCAGUGAGAGGGGGGGUCUGCAUCAUCGGUCAUCCAGGUUCCGGUGUGAAGAAGAUGGACACGUGUCUUAUUAUAGAUCGUGAAAAACAUGCACAGGCAGUCGAGAAACACGCAGCAGAUCAUUCUGAACACCUUCAAGUUAUUGGAGAGGCAUACUUUAACAAGAAACAAGAGCUUGACGGCUCUCAAGUAGAGUACAACAGCUGCUUUUUCCAUGGAUCAUCUGGAUCCCCUGUCUUUGAUGAGCACUGCAAUGUCAUAGGCAUACAUACUGGAGGGUAUGUGUACAAAAAAGGAAAGUCAUUUGACAGCAUCCUUGAAUAUGCACUCCCUUUACUGCCCGUUCUGGUGUCUAUUCUCAGACAAACAAAGGACAAACAUAAACAUGUGUGGGAAUCCUUUUCGGCUGAAAACAACACAAAACUAGUGAUGAAGCUUGCUGAGGACAUGGCCUUUAGACCAGACUUAACAAGCAAACGUGCUUGGGAAAAGGACCUGCUUGUGAACUUUUAUGAGGAAGAGGAUGAUGAUGAGGACAAGAUUAAGGAAGAGGACCAGAUUGACGAUAUGGACGUGGACGAUGAUGAGGACAAUGAUAAGGAAGAGAAGGAGAAAGAUGAGGAUGAUGAAAACACAGAAGGAAAUGCAAAGAAACGUAAAUUGGAAUGAAAUUACAAGAUGUUUUAGUGGCCUCUGACAAAUUAAUUGAUUGCAGUGAAAAAAUGCGACAAAGUGAAAUAUGCAAAUUCAAAUUCAAGACUCUUUUCAUCAGUGGUCCAAUGUUGUUGGAAUGAAUUGCCCUGUACUCUCCGAUCCAGCAAUAGUUUUGGAUCUUUCAAGAGGGGUCUUAAGGCAUUAUGUUCAAUAUGCACUUAGUCUAUUAAGCGCUUCUUAUGGGUUAAGGUUUUCAUAUAUAUAGCAUUGUUUUUGUUUUUAGUAGGCAGUUGAUUGAAUUGACAUUGUUAUGUUAUUAUUGCUAUUCUCUUUAUUGUAGCUACCAUGCCAUAGUUAUUUUUAUUACAUGAU